AAAUUUUCCAAAACCCCAAAGAUGGACAAAAUUCAAGUUGACAAACAAAGAAACAUCAGCUGACAAAAAACCUCGUAAGAGGAACAAAACUGACUCGGUCUGGUAGUCACGGAUCACGCACGAAGCUUAAUCCUUAAAAGAAAGAACUUUCUUCUGGGUUAAAUCCCAAAGUUGACCAAACUCAUCAUAGACACACAAGACAAGACCACACUCCCUCUCCUCUCCAUGGAGUCAACAAAAAGAACAUCUUUCCGAUCAAAGUCUUGAGAAAGGAGAAAGAGAGAGAAAUCAACUGAUGGGUAACCUCAGGUGCGACUCCCAUGGCGAAUUGAACGACGCAGAGUUUAGUAAACCAUUGCCUUCAAUUGGUUUAUACGUUGCUGCAGCUUCACUGAUCUGCGGACUAGCCAUGGCCGCAGAUCUUCUUCACGGCUUCCGACACCGCAAGUUCUGGUUCCCCUGUAAGUUCUUCUCUCUCAACGCAACUUCUCUGACCUUCAUCGGCGUCGGGAUCAAACUCUCUGUCGAUCUCAACACUUCGAUGCCGAGUCGCCACGACCAGUUGUCUAAACUCAGUAGCAGCGUCUUCGUGUGCACCGUGAUGGGUAAUUCCAUGCCAUCUCUGGGUAUUAUGGAGAACCAAGAUCUCCUCAUGAAUCUCAUGGCUUUAGGGAUUCUUGUUAUCACCGACGUUGUCAACAUCUGUAUCCAGUUAGGCACAGGUGCCAUCUAUGUCUUUAAAGAAGAACACUUUCUUGUUCUGCUUCUCAUGCUUCUUAUGCUACUAAUCUUGAGCUUCUCGGCCACUACAGUCCCCACCACCAAAAGAAUCUUGGAAACCAAAUACAAGAAGAAGUACGUUGCCUUGCAGUGUCCUUUGGCUACAGAGAGGACAACAGUAGCUAAGAGGAUUCAGCAAGAUUUGUCCAAGUUCUGGAUGAUGGCUCACACCAGUAGCCCUCAAUUCGUUAUGGCUCGUUCUGUCACGUGCACUGCUUCUGGCUUCUUCUGUCUCUUGAGUGCCGUUACGUUAGGUGAGGCCAUGGUUCGAUCGUAUUUGCUGAGACCGAGGUCACUCGGCUUCUGCCACGGAGACUCUGAUUACAAAUGGUCAACCUUUUUGGUUCUUGUAUGCCAGACUAGUGCAGUAGCCAUAGGGACUGUUGCUCCUGCCAUCAGAUGGUUCACGGCUGUGAAUUUUCACUGUCCGAUAAGAGGGGAGAAGUCUUACAGAGAUGAGUUUAGAGUAGAGAGUUACUGGACACAAUGGUUCUCUGAGAAGAAACAACGUCCCUUAAGCCUUUCGAUCCUCAAAGACCGUAGCUGCAGGAAGAUUGCACACGAUGCAAAACGCUGGAUACUGGAUGUAUGCAUAGGAAUACAGUAUGUUAUCGUGUUUGCAAGCAAAAUUAUCCGUUACAUCUCGGUCUACUGUGUAAGUAGAAUCUUGAUCUGCUGUUAUUUUGCAGUCAGAGCAAGGGGUACUGUUUCUCACGUUGUUGAGUCAGAGAGUUCAAAUCCAAGCUCGAGACAGGAGCUUGCGAGGUUUGUCUUGCAUCUUGAAGGAGAGGACGAGAUGGUGGAUUUGAUGGUGCGGAACAACUGUGAGGCCACGGAUCAUUGGAUAAAGAACGGAAGAAAAAAGCAACCGAUAAAUUUGAUAGAGCUUUUGGAAGCAACAACACCCGUUUCAAAAGGAUUUGAAGGGAUUCAAGAGUUUGACAGCAACGAGGUGGCUUCUCUUGCCGCAUCUGGUGAGCCACCCAAUUGUUGGGCUCUCCCGCUGGUAACACUUGCAACCAUCGUCGUUGCUCUUCCCAAUGUCAAGCCUUGCUCCAUGGAGAAGUUGCUUAAUGCUGUCAAUGAGGCCCUGGAAUCUGUCAGCAAGUUUGAACACAUUUUAGAUACCGGAGGAGAGUUAGCUAACCUCAGGAAAGCUGCUGAGGUAGUUUGGCUAGGAGUUGAUCUCUAUCAUAAAUGGUUUGAUGUGGAUCUUCGGAAACUAUCCAAGCAACAACCAAGUCCAGAAGAAGCACUUAGGGAGAUCGUGGAAGUCGCAAAGAAAGAGUUUGCAGAGUCGUGGCAGAUGAACCUAAUGGCGUGCAUGAAGCACAAACCCUCUCAUUGGCCUAUCAAGACUCUAGCGGUCAAUUCCAUGUACCGGAUAUGUCAAACCAUUCUCCACAAUUACGAAUCAAGAGACUACGGAACAGGGGAAGCCCUGUUAAAAAAGCUGGAAACCACAAUCUCGGACAUAGUUUCAGGUUGUUUUUGCAAUGUAGGGCAAGUGAUAUCUAUCAAGUGUUUGGUGACAGCUGUAGAAGUGAGGGAAGAAUCAGUAAGAGGAGCAGCCCUGCAUCUCGGAAAAACAGAGAAGAUUAUAGAGAUUGUAGAGAGAAGAUGCUUACCUGAAUUGAAAUGUGAUAGGAUGAAGAACAUCGAUGAAUGGAGAUCAUUCUACAAGAUUAACUCUUCUGACUGUAAUAACAAGACAGUUUCACCCGACUUAAAUGAGCUGUGCAUCUUUGUUGAAUGAUUUGCAGACUUAAGAGUAUGAAGUGUUGCAGACUUGGUUUAUAAUGUUGUUUAUAGGUGACGUCUUCACAUGUAUUAUUGUUAUGUAGCACAUGCUUUGAAAUGUGACAAUAAGCUUAGUGUAUGGUUUCUUCUUUGUUGAAAUCAGGAUCUAUUUGAUCUUCAUCCUCUAA